AUGUGGACGUAUUCCUUGGCCCUCACGCUAGAGGACUUAUUUUUCGGCAAAGAAUGUCGGUUUAGAAUUACGAGAUCGUACCUUUCUGGCAUCAGAGAAAUCGUCGUGCUUGACAUGCACAUUCCGCCUGGCUGCGAGGACGGUACAAGGUUCGUUUUCACGAACGUUGGUCACCAACGCAGGGACGGUUCCUUCCAAGAUAUCGUCUUCAUUGUCCAGGAAGCUGCCCAUGAUGCCUUUGCCCGUGUUGGACAAGAUCUCGUCAUGAAGGUUCGGGUGCCUUGGUCGGAAAACCUUCAGCGCAAGAAUGGGUGUAUAUAUUUCACAGGCUUAGAUAACGCGACACUGUCUGCCCGAAUUAGCUAUGCGAGGGAGAAAAGACGACAUGGUCAGUGCAAGAUAAAGAACGGAGGUAUGCCGAUCCUACAGAAUGGGCAGGUAGUCGCAAGGGGAGAUCUGAUUGUACAGUACGUCCACAUUAGAUAG